AUGGAACUUACCAUUUUUCACAACAAUACACUAUUCGUCGCAAGCUACAUCAAUUGUACUCCUAAACAAAACUCACGAUUCGCGUCCGAGAUACCAUUUGCAAUGCUGUGGGCACGUUUCUUAUUCAUCGCUGCCCAGCUUGGCACUGCCCUUGGCAAGGAACAAGCGGUCUUGACCUCUAACCGUCAUGAGUCUCAUGACCUGGACGCGAUUCGCGAAAAACUGCUUGGAGCCGAGAUCAUUCCCACCGUCAUUGACGACUUUCCACCUGCUCUUGGGUUCCGCGCAUCGUGGAAGCACGACUCUGCCGAUCUAGGCAACACCCUCAAACCCAAGCAUCUCAAGUCAGCGCCCUCGAUCCAUCUCGAACAGAUAGAGUCAGAGUCUUUUGCCGCCGCGCAAGUCAAGAAACAUACAAGCUUUGUAAUCGUUCUCACCGACCCGGACGCGCCAUCGAGAGACAAUCCCAAAUGGUCAGAGUUUUGCCAUUGGAUCGCCACCAGCAGACUCAUCUCAACGUCUGCAAGCUCCAAACAUCAUCUCAAGAGCAUCAUCAAGUACAAAGCCCCUGCGCCGCCGCCGAAAACUGGCAAGCAUCGCUAUGUUUUCUUCGCUUUUAUCGCGGCCAAUGGAACAACCGAGAAGCUUCAUCUGACCAAACCGGGUGAGAGGAAGCAUUGGGGUUCAGAGCAUGCUGUACAUGGAGUACGUGAAUGGGCGCAUAGCAAUGGCCUUGUUCCUGUUGCUGCGAAUUUUAUCUAUGCGGAGAACGAAGAACAGUAA